CCGGGGGCGGUGCGCGGGAAGGGAACCCCCGGCAUCCGCUGCGGCAGGCGAGACCUGGAGGGAAGCAGCGAGCGGGGGCCCAGUGUGGGGUCGGCGCCAGUCUGAGCCCGGUCGCGAGGGGCAGCAUGAAGUGUCUGGUCACGGGCGGCAACGUAAAGGUGCUCGGCAAGGCCGUGCACUCCCUGUCCCGAAUAGGGGAUGAACUCUACCUGGAGCCCUUGGAAGACGGGCUCUCCCUCCGGACUGUGAACUCCUCCCGCUCUGCCUAUGCCUGCUUCCUCUUUGCCCCGCUCUUCUUCCAGCAGUACCAGGCGGCCACCCCUGGUCAGGACCCGCUGCCCUGUAAGAUCUUGAUGAAGUCGUUCCUGUCUGUCUUCCGCUCGCUGGCGAUGCUGGAGAAGACCGUGGAGAAAUGCUGCAUCUCCCUGAAUGGCAGGAGCAGCCGCCUGGUAGUUCAGCUGCACUGCAAAUACGGGGUGAGGAAGACUCACAACCUGUCCUUCCAGGACUGCGAGUCCCUGCAGGCUGUCUUCGACCCAGCCUUGUGCCCCCACGUGCUCCGUGCCCCGGCAAGGGUCCUGGGGGAGGCUGUUCUGCCUUUCCCCCCCGCACUGGCCGAAGUGACACUGGGCAUUGGCCGCGGCCGCAGGGUCAUCUUGCGUAGCUACCAGGAGGAGGAGGCAGACAGCACCGUCAAAGCCAUGGUGACUGAGAUGAGCAUCGGGGAGGAGGAUUUCCAGCAGCUACAGGCCCAGGAAGGGGUAGCCAUCACUUUCUGCCUCAAGGAAUUCCGGGUGAGGCCCCCUGUACACACUCACCACCCUGUCCACUCUCCGCCCUGCCGCGCCCAGGGCCUCACUGCUCUGCCUCUCCCUUCCCAGGGGCUCCUGAGCUUCGCAGAGUCAGCAAACUUGUCUCUCAGCAUUUACUUCGAUGCUCCGGGCAGGCCAGCCAUCUUUGCCAUCGAGGACUCUCUGCUGGAGGGCCACUUUGUCCUGGCCACGCUCUUAGAGCCAGACCUGCACGCCCAGGAUCUGCACUCCCCACAGCUCCAGCGGCCAGCACCUCCACUUCAGGCUCACAGUACACCCCACCUGGAUGACUUUGCCUUUGACGACAUUGACUCUUACAUGAUUGCCAUGGAAACCUCCGUGGGCAGUGAGGGCUCGCGGGCACUGCCCUCCAUCUCCCUUUCACCUGGCCUCCAGCCCCACUGUAGCCCUGGCCCCUGCUCAGAGGAGGAAGAUGAUGCUGAGCCCAGCACAGUGCCUGGGACUCCCCCACCCAAGAAGUUCCGCUCGCUGUUCUUUGGCUCCAUCCUGGCCCCUGCACACUCUCCCCAGGGCCCCAGCCCUGUGCUGGCUGAAGACAGUGAGGGUGAAGGCUGAACCCCUGUUGGGAGGACUGGACUAGAUGCAGCCCCAGCCUCCGCCUCUCCCCAGUGCCAGCAGGGACAGGGCCAGCUCUCCUCCUGGGUGGGUGGCAAAGGUGGGCUGUGCUGGAGCUGAGCUGGCUGGUCCUGCAGCCUCCCCCAGGCCCUGCCUGGCUGUCUGUGACUGGCCGGGGUCCUGUCAUUUCCCUCUAGCCCCAAGUCAUGUCUGUUCCCAGGCUCUGUGUUGAGCUGCCACCUGCCAGGAGGUCCCUCACCUCUUAAUCCAGCCAGGUGUAUAGCCAGGGCUAGAGCCUGCCCUCUAAGCCCACCUCCCUAAGGGGGGAAAAAAAAAAAAACCACAGUGGGGCUUCAUUUUCUCUGCUAA